GCUGAGCGAGAGUCUUGGGGAGGCCCGAGGCCCGCGCCCCUUCCUCUCGGUCGCGCCUUUGCCGGCCCCGCAGCGGGCGGGGCGAUGCAGCCUCUGGGCCCCCAGCAGCCGCCCCUCUACGCGCCCAGCAACGGGGACUUCACCUUCGUCUCCUCGGCCGAGGCGGAAGAUCUUAGUGGCUCUAUAGCAUCUCCAGAUGUUAAGCUAAAUCUUGGAGGAGGAGGAGAAGGAGGAGGAGGAGAGUUCAUCAAAGAAUCUACUGCAACAACAUUCUUGAGACAGAGAGGAUAUGGCUGGCUUCUGGAAGUAGAAGAUGAUGACCCAGAAGAUAACAAGCCACUUCUGGAGGAACUGGACAUUGAUCUGAAGGAUAUUUACUACAAAAUUCGAUGCGUGUUGAUGCCUAUGCCAUCUCUUGGGUUUAAUAGACAGGUAGUGAGAGAUAACCCUGAUUUUUGGGGCCCUCUGGCAGUUGUCCUCUUCUUCUCAAUGGUUUCAUUAUAUGGACAGUUUAAGGUGGUUUCUUGGAUUAUAACUAUAUGGAUAUUUGGAUCCUUGACAAUUUUUUUAUUGGCCAGGGUUCUUGGAGGAGAAGUUGCAUAUGGGCAAGUUCUUGGUGUGAUAGGAUAUUCUCUACUUCCACUCAUUGUAAUAGCACCUGUCCUCUUGGUGGUUGGAUCAUUUGAAGUUGUAUCUACACUAAUAAAACUGUUCGGAGUCUUUUGGGCUGCAUACAGUGCUGCUUCAUUACUAGUCGGAGAAGAAUUUAAGACUAAGAAGCCCCUUCUGAUUUAUCCAAUCUUUUUAUUAUACAUCUACUUCUUGUCCUUAUACACAGGGGUGUGACCUGAAGUCUUGGAUGUGGCCAGAAACAAUAUUUUAUUCACAUGCAGACUGGUAAAACAUAAGAUUAAGGAGGCUGGAGAAAAUAGGCGUGACUGUUUUGUAUCCAGUUGUUGAAAAGUUUUAAGACCUAAACACACAUUUGUGUAUAUUAUUUAAUUAAGCAAUUAUAGCUAUGUGGAUUUGUAUCAGAGUUCUAGGUUUAAGAUUCUUUAGAUUUUCAUGAAAUAAUAUAAGAACUUUGUGUUUUAUAAGAUUGUGUAGCAAAAAUACAGCUUGAUACCUGUGCCAUAAGCACCAGGACCAGAUUACUCUAUUACAUUGAACGGGAAUAUGAAAAAAUAUUGGUAAUGGUCUCAAAGUGCAAUUUUUCAGUUAAACACAGCUGGCUUUUUUGGCACAGCAAAUUCUGUAUAUAUUUAUGAAACAAUCCUGAUGGUUCACAGAAUAGGCUCUAUAAUUGAGACAUGAAGAUAUUAGUAUUUUUUAUGUUAGAGCCCCAGAUUUAUUUGAUUUGGCUUUUGAGAUUUUAUAAAUUCUAAUUUACUUUGGGGAAAAAAGUGUACAUGUGUAUUUUGUAUCUAUUGCUUGUGUGUAGCAGAUAUACUCCUUGUUUAAGGAUGUACAUUGGGUUUUCAACACUUGAAGACCCAAGCAUUUGAAUUCAAAUUCGCAUUUAUAUCUUUGCCCAACGGAGCAAGACAUAUACUGUGUGACAUUAAUUCAUUAAAUGGCUUAUUUGUGGAAUCAAAUUAUUUCAUAUUUAACAAGAUCUGAAUUUGAAGUCACACAAAACAACUUUCAACUGCAGCAUUGGAGUAAGGUGUGGGAGAAGGAAGAUAAUGUAUCAAAUUUGUGACCUUGAGCAAUGUUUUAAAAUGACAAAAUAAACAGAAUGCUUCCCU